CGACUCUAGCUCGGGCAGACACGAAUAGUUCGGCGGAGCGGAAGUGUUAUCGAGGCCUAGGCGCUCGUCUCGCGCCGGCAGUGCCUGUCUUGUCAGUGAGACGGCGUUGGUCCUUUGUCAGUUUGGCAUACUGACCGACAGUGUGUGUUACCGUGCGGCUGCCAGGGGCGUCCGGCCAGUAUGUUCAGCUUCCACAAGCCCAAGGUCUACAGAUCCUCCACUGGCUGCUGCAUCUGCCGCGCCAAGUCCAGCAGCUCUAGGUUCACGGACAGCAAAAAAUAUGAAGAUGACUUCAUGGAGUGCUUCCAACUGCAGGAACAUCGCUCUGGCGAGAUAUGCAACGCUUGUGUCUUGCUCGUCAAGCGUUACAAGAAGUUACCAGUCGGCAGCGAUCGUAACUGGCAGCAUGUGGUGGACUACCGAGCAGGGCCGGGCACCAAGUCACUGGCGAAGUUCAAGUCGAAAAACAAGAAGGUGAAAACCGGGGACGGUGCUCGGAAAAGCGAGAAACUCGUCAAGAAGUCCGGCAGGGAGCAGUCGUCACGCGAAGACAGACAAGAUGAAGCACCAGGUGAUGACUUCAUGUUGGUAACAAACAUGCCCAUGGGGCAUGCGCCCAGCCCAACUCCUAGUGACGAAUCUGCCAAACACUCGCCGAUCAAGAAGAAGCGCAAUCGUUUUGCAUCUCUCCACGAAAAGGCAAUCAAGCAAAGGUCACAAAUUCCAGUCAGUGGAUUUCUUGAUCUCAACUUCUGGAAAACGGAGGAAGUGUGCUGCGGCACCAUCUUCACCGGCCAGGACCACCUGAACAUAGCCGUGCUGGACCUGCGGUUCCUGAAGCCGUGCGCCAGGCACGGCGCGCCGGACGCGGGCAAGAAGCCCGCCUCGCCGGAGCCCGCGGGCGCGCCGGGGGCCUCCUCCGGGGGCAAGCUGGCCAAGACGUUCAGCGACGCCUCCUCCGACUCGGGCUACGACGAGCUGUCGAACCCGGGCGUCGGCGAGGGGGCUCCCCCCCACCCGACCGCCAGCGUGAUCAAGCACGCGGGGCGGUGCCGCCAGGACGCGGAGGUCGCGACCAAUUAACGACGGCCGUCGCGUAGCAGUUGCCAAUUGCGCUCCCUCAUAUUCCGUUUGCCAAUCCUCGUCGGGUCCAAAGUUUUCUAUGUGGCGUGUCUUUUGAUCCUCGCCGUUUACUCAAGUGUUUUUUUUUUUUAACGAGCAAUAAGCACUCCCCUUCUGCAUAUCAGGUGACGGCACAAUUAUCGAUAUUGUGUCUUCGGUAUUCUACUGCCAUUCGCGACCCGCCUGCCGUAGCGCGGCGGUCUGGAUGUGAUAUCAUCAUUGGUAUUCUCUGCGUGUGUGUGUGUGUGCAAAUGUGGAAGUUCCUAGUUUUAAUGCGACUCUCGGCCCUGGCCUCUCUCAGUGCUGUCUUGCGUCAGUUCGUCGAACUACGGUGAGUUCGAAUAACGCACAAGCAGGUGCUGCUUUCAACAUCCACAAGCUUGGUUUUAAGUACAUACUUCUUAUGCUUGAAAUGUAUUUUAAUCCUCAGUAUGUUUAAGUAUCUCUGCCCGAGUCGGUAUCUACAUACAUGAUUACCUUAUGACUCUUCUGUAGCCUAGUUUGUCUGUUGCAAUAUUUUAUCUUUUGGAAUGUUUGUGAAGAAAAAUUUUAGCAUGUAUGUACGCAUGUUUGAGGUUUGAUAUACGCGUGAGUUAGUUAAUAAAACAUGAAAUGAUCUAGUCUUUGCAAACACCACUUUUUACAUUACGAAAAGUGUUUUUACGAGUGCCAUGUGCUGUUGAAACUAUUAUGCUCGUCUGUUUCAAUGUGAAUCAUGCGUAAAAAAAAAGUAUUGUACUAUAGAUUUAUGUGCGAGUUCACAGGUUAAAUUGACAUGUGAUUUGUAAGUCACUUUGCAAUGCAUUACGUCUUGUCUUAUAUCAAAGACUGAAAGUGAUGUAACGUAUUCGUUGCAACCUAAUUAAUAUGAAUUGAGGUUGGGUAACAUGCUACUGCCAUAAUAUAAACAAUAUAGAAUAAUGGUAUCAGUGUUCUUGUGAUCUUGUUUCUUCCCGUCAGAAAAAAAUGACGUGUUUAUGAUAAAUGCACAUCUUUAUUCAUUUAAGUUGUUAUAUUUGAUAGAGAAUGUUAGAUAAAUGCUGAUUAUGAGGUUCAAUAUAGGAGAAUGGUUUAAUAUGAGUUCAAAAAUGAGGUGAGUGGGAGUAUAACGAUGUGUUUUUACCUUUGAUACUUUUAUCAUGUAUAUUAUAAUAAAGUAGUAUAAAAAUUGAUCAGUAUUGUGAUAACCAUGUGAAAUUAUCUUCGUAAAGUAGGGCUGUACUACUUAACAGUUCCAUCUUUGAUUGGCCAGCUGUAAAUGGGUUGUGAGAUAAGUUAUAUUUGGCAUAUAGUGCAAUUUGUGAACUUGCAGUAUUAGCUAUGAUAAUUAAUUCUUGUUUUGCACACCGUCCCCCGUAGUUGAUUGUGAUUGUAGCUUCUUCAUCACCGCACUACUGCGACGGAGGCAAUUGUCAUCCUUGCCGUCCAAUCACCUGCUGUAAUGCAGAAACUGCUACUUUUAACUGAACAUGGGUAUUAUGCAUUCGUGGGAACAACUGUCACUGCUUUUAACAGAAAGGAGGCUGUUUCACUUUGUAGCCGAACCCUCAACUGCUUAUAACGUGUGAACUGAUCUAACAAGUAAGCGUACGGUAUCCAACUUUUUUUCUCUGAUAAAUUUCUUUCUGCGACAUUUUUUUCACAUUUUAAUGCUUGGAAAAUGUUGCAUCCUUUUUCAUUUUUUUUUUUUGACGUGAUAACGUCUUAUAAAUCGAUGAAUGCCGGCUGCACGCAUGAAAAAUUGUCACGUUCCGCCUGAGCCGAGCGUGCAAGAACCGGCCAACCACCGUGCGGGAAAAUCUUAUAUAAUGUCAAACAGGUUAAGGUGGGCUAUAUAACUGAUUGUUCGUGAUUAUAUUUAAACAAAUUAUUUAGAUUAAAUUUGCAAAAAACUGUAAAUAAUAUUUGAAAAUUAAAAAGGAUGCAAUUUUUCAUCAGUGUUUUCUUAUGACGUCAUCACGUAAAAUUAUCGUCCGUAAACCGACUUUACAGACAACCCAUUUUUUUGUUAUGUUUUUAUUGUAAAAUAAAACCCUUAUUUAAAUUAUACUUGGAUACUGUGAGUGCCCCAUUCGCAUGAAAUCCUGAGUCAACAUUAGAUUGAUAGCAUCUUCUCUGGAACCUGAAUUAGUGAAGCACAGGUACCAACCACACCUAUACUGUACUGUUUUUAUGCUCUGAGGUACCCUUUUAAUUUCAACAUUCUACCCUACGUAAAUGAGCUGUAAAAAUGGUUACAAAGUACAGAUUUAAUGUUUGCGUAAAUUCUUAUCCAUGUACAUUUGUGUGCGCCUAUCUAUGUAUAUUUUUGCAUAUGCAUUUAUAUGUGCAUAGUUAUUUAUAUUUUAAGUUAUGAAGUUGCAUAUUGCUUCUCAUUGGUGCAUACCUAAAGGUUCCAUCUUUGCGAAAUAUAGAAACAAAACCUUCAGAUGAAGUGUUUAUAUAUACGUAUAAAUAAAACCAAUUUUUUUUUUACUUCUUUAUUUUCAUUGGGUAAUAGGCUCUGUUUGUUAAAAUGCAGUAUUUUUCCUUAUCCUUAAAUAAUUUUGGCUUUUUUAAAGAAACCUUAAGCAUUUUUUUAAACUAAAUGUGUCUUAGAACUACGUACUUUCGUCUGCAUUUAGUUGUUAUCUUUGAAUGUGAAGCAGCAGUUUUUAGGUGUGUUAGCAUGCAUUCUGUCCUUGAUGUGUUCUGCAUUCAAUACUGUCAAUGUAGUUUAAGUUUACAUUUGAAUUUAUGUUCAUCUUGAGUUCAUAAAGAUAUAAUUGCAUGAUGUGUCCUGUGGUUGUACCAGUUAUGUUGAACCAUGUAUCAUGAAUUGAACCUUGCGUGAUUAUCCUAAACUCGUCACUGUCAGGUAAGAAUAUUAAUUCCUCGUAAUAUAGUCAUAUACGUAAGUAAAAGUCAAAGAAGAUGAAUAUGGUUGUGCUAGAAUCUGUGCAUAUGGCUAGAGUCUCCUGUUUAUGUGAUGAUUUAUUUCUAAGUUUGUAGUGGGGGAAUUAUUGAGGCAGAUAAUCAGAAAGUGUGUCAAGUAUUUUAUCUUGGCAUUAAUUAUUACUGUAAUUUAUAAAUUUUUUUUUUUUAGUAAUGUAUCAAAGCAUUAAAUAAGUUCAGCUUUUUGUUUAUAAUAAUUGUUGGCCAAAAUUUUUAAAACUUCUAAGAGUGCUUAUUAUAGGUGGAUAAUGAGGCACCCUUAAAUUAUUAUCUAUGAUUUUGAGUUCAAGUUGCCUUGCUGUGUACAAAUUUCCUUUUCAGUGUUUCUUAAAAAAUUGUGUUUUAUACAAGCUCACAAACUGUGUUAUCAAAGAUAUAAUAUUGCAUGUUCAAACAUUUUGUCAUGAAAAUCAAUCAAAAUAAUUCAGUUCAUUGAAAGAAUGUAAGUUUUGUGUAUUUUUUCUAUUUGUAAAAAAAAAAAAGUCUGCAGAUCACGAAAAUCGCAGAAGUCACAAAAAAGUAACAAAAAGUUAUGAAAUGGUCCUGAAAUAAACUGUAACAUUGCUGAAAGUCACAAAACUUCAAUUUUCAGCAACCAUUUGCUAACUUGUAACUUGGAUUUUGUUUUUCCGUCAUCCGACUUCAGUUUAUAAUCGCACAUUAAAUAUAAAUAGUUGGAGACUUUAAACUUUAUUCAGUGGAAUUUAUAGCUGAAAAAGUUAACGGUUUCCAACACAAAAAUAGGCUUUGUCCCGUGAAUAAUAAAUGUGUUUCAUAUCAUGUUUAAUUUUGUGUAAUAUAUAUUAAAAAUUUGUGCUAAGAUUACAGACAAGGUUUGUUGGUUUUAUUUUCAGACCAAUUUAGUUUUUAAAACAGGUUAUUUCAGUGUUAUUAUUUUUAUUUUUUAUAAAAAAAUAUUUAUUAAAUACUAUAGCAUAUUACUGAAAAAAAAUUACAUUUAAAUGUUCCAUGAUACUAAUUUCUCCUAAACAGUGUCAUUUUGACUGAUACUUGACACACUUUUUUUCAAUAUAAUUUGUAAUAAGCAUGAAUGAAUGACUAUUCGGAACAAAAAAAUUCAUUUAUUAAGUAUUACUGUGUUUGAAAAAAAAGUUUUUAAUGUUGUAAUGUAACAAAGAGUUACAAAAAUUGUGGUACAAAUGUCAUGCUAAAUAAAUUAUUUUCAUUGAACUUAAUACUUAAAAGAUUACAUAUUUGUCAUUAAAGGUAAGUUUUGAUUGAACAUGCUUGUUAGCUUCAUUAUUGUAAUUGCAUUUUGAUGCUUUGUGGUGUAUUAACUUGAAUUUCGGUGUUACGUGGGGAAUCGUCAUACUUUUCAUUGUUAUUUUGGUUUUAUCGCAAUUCACCGUAUAACCGUGUCCAUAGCUACGAUAUAAAAAGGUUUUAAGAAAAUAAUAUUUCAAGGUCCUGAAAUUGGUUCAGUAGGAGCUGUGGAUGCACAGAUCACUAGAUCACCCUCAACAUUUUAACAACUUCCAGGCCUACCUUUCAGGAAAAAAAAACCCGGGGGUUCGAUGAAUGGAUGUUAUUGGCCGCAUCACCUUUUCUGUCGACAGCGUCGAGGUUGUAGGACGUUAAAUAACCAUUCUGGAACUUGUUAGCCGCCAGGUGAUCUUAGUUGUGGAAUAUUCACAGUGUCUGGUGGAAUGUUCAUGGUGAAUCAAUGUUUACAGCGCCAGUCAGUGGAAAAAAUAUUUGACUCCAUUUCACAUCAACAAAUUUCAGUUUCGAGCAAUUAGAAUGAUGUGUUUUUAUGUUGAAAGAACACAGUAGGUUUUCACAUUGUCGUCUGCUACUCUUAGGAUGGGGUAUCCUCCGAGUCAACUACGGGUUAGCCUAAUUGGGUUGGGGGGGAGGGGGGGAAAUGGGUCAUGGGUCGCCUCAGCCUCCCAUCAUAGCUUCUCUUCAGACGCCUCCAAGUUGCGAUGAAACUGCGAAAACAUUUCCUUGUGGCUCUAGGGAGCUCAUGUCGGAGGUGAUUCAGCUGUAACGGGAGUAGUUACCAUCAAAUCCGGCAUGUUGAACAACUGAACAGCUGUUCGCUUAACAACUGUUGUCUGCUGCUGCGGAGAUUGCCUGGCCGUCUGCCCUCUGCAGAUAGAGCAUGAAGUAGAGCCUCUAACCCACACACCAAAGAACCAUUUUCAGCCAAUCGGGAGCCUUGGAUGUAAAGGAAAGUUUGCCAGUGAUCUUCCACUCCGACAUUAAAAAUUGAAAAUGUGGCCGUUAUGUGUGCAUAGGCACAGUUGGUGAAAUUUUCUUUUGACUGCUUCGUAUAAAAAAAAAAGGUUCACUUUGAUCUCAUUGUAUUUUUGAGUUGACCUUGAGACUGUUAUAAUGUUGCAUUUAUCUUGGACUAUCUCUGAGUACAUAUUUACUGUACAUAAUUGUAUGACUGAUUUGACGUUUUCUUGUAAGUUACGAAGGACUCGAAAAACGGUGUUUUAUAUUGUUUUUGUAUUCUUUAAGAGGGUUUCCUAUUUUAUGUACAAAAUUACAUAUGUAAUUAUAGUGGUACCAAGUUUGUAUUAGUUAAUGAAGUUGUGUGAAUUAACGAAGCAUUGUGAAGGCAAUGAAUAUGCUAAGCGAAGUAAGAAAUAUCCCUUCAUUUUUAUUACCAUCAUCUUUGUUAAAAUCUAUGUGAUAUAUAGUUAAUUCUGGCAGCGAAACCUAAAAAACCUUUAGGCACAAAUUAUUUUCCAUUCUUAAUAUAUUUUGAAUGAAGAAUCAUGUUUAUCCAAAAUUACAUUUUUCAGUUAUAAAAAGUAUUUUUUUUUUUUUAAUGCAGUACAACCCCAUACUUGUAAGUAUGAGGGCAGAUAAUUGAAGAAUACUGGGGCAUGGUCUCAGGAACAAAGAAAAUCCCUGCAGAAAUACUUAAAACAAUUCUCGGCACUGGUAAUGCAUUAUCAAAGAAGUGUUUGUUUACUAGAAUGUUUGGUUGUGUAUCACCCGAUGGAAUCUUGUGAUAUGUAAGUAGUUUUAAAUUGUAAUAUGUGUAUCGGAACAUUUUUAGGUGCAUACAAUGUGAUCUGCGCUCAAAAAGAUAAUUUUUUUUUCCUUGAUGCAUCAAAACGGAGGUGCGGAAACGCAUACAUGCCUGGUUAAGCCCUUGCUCUGGUGUUUCAAGGGAGGGUUUUGCUGCUGAUUUUAUGUUUUCAAUUUUUUUGUUUGGGCUGGAAUGUUCUUUGAUAAUUAGUGAUGAACUCAUAGAUGGUGUUGUUUUUUUUUCUUUUUGUUCUUGACAAGGCUUUGUGGCUUUAACUACGUUUCAGCAGCCGAAGUUUCUUGGGAGCAGCAUGUUUUGGUACAAAAAAGUCUUCCGGGGUUCAUCGGUCGCAUGCCGUACUUAGCCACGUCGUAAAAUAAGGGCUGCAGACGGUCUUGUUUGAUCAUGUUUAAGUUUGGUGAGAGACUUUCAAAACGCGUCUAUUCGUGUGACUACCUCAACCUCCCAUGAGAGAUUUCAAAACUCGUCUAUUUGUGUGACUUCCUCAACCUCCCAUUUCUUCCUCUGCACAACCCCAACCUUCUUAUUUCUAGUUAGUUUAUUUGCUGUUUCAGGCCUGGUUCUUGUCAGUAUCUGGCGAGUAGCCCAGUUGAAAUGUUCUUCUUUUGACGCGAGAGUUUACUUGGCGUAUGAUGGUGUUUCACGAGCUUUUUGUGCCGCAGAUCUCCUACCGCAGGUUUCUCGUUGAAGUAUUUUUCGUUGUCGUGGCUGAUCUCAUUUUCGGGAUGUAGAUAGUCGGGACAGAAGCAAUAGUGUAGAGCACCUGUAUGCAUUCCUCGUUUCGUUGGGCUAGUGGUUCAACUCGACGUUGGGAGUCGGAAAGCAAUAUCGGCAGAUGAAAUUUUGCGACCGUCUGGGGGUUUCGUUAGUGUGUACAGAUAUAUGUAUUAUAUAUGCUAUGUUUGGACUGUGCAGUCGAGAUGUGUAUUUUAAAUACGAAUGUUGCAAACACUUGAGAGCAAAGUUUACUUUAACAACAAAUGGUUAUUGUUACCAAGUAACAAAAUAUAUUGCAAGAAAUUUAUGUAAUGGUUGCAGCUGUAAUAUUGUAUUUUUAAUUGUGAAACUUUAUAUUUGUAUUAAUUACUGUGCGGCAUUCUGUCAUGAGCUGUUUUUGUGUUAAGUCUGCUAAUGUAUUGUUUGAAUGCUGAGAAAACAGUUUUAAAAGGGUGCAAUACUGUAUCAGUGUCAUGAAGUAUUUUACACGAUGGUCUCAUAUGAAAUUUUUUUUUUGUGCUACAAAGGUAAUAUUUUAAAUGAUGGUGUUGGCUGUGACAACAUUUAAAAUGUUUGUUAGACUCCCAGUAUAUUAGUAAAUGGAGAUAAUAAAUUUAAUAAAGCAUGUAGUUAUGAUUGGAUUAAAAAUUUAUUGUGACUUUUCUUCUAGCUUACAAAUUGAGUUGCAGAUAUUGAUGCACUAGUUGUCUGUGUUCACUGUUCACUAUGUGUGUGUUAGCUAUAAGAAUUUGUUAAUUAUAAAAAAAUUAUCUUAUAUUAUUUUAUGCAGUUUUGUUUAUUAUUAAUUUUGUUUGUGCAUAGUUGGUAUUUUUCAUAGAAAGUAUUUAUCACUAGUAUAUCUUAUGGUUCCAUUUGAACCAAACUGCCAUUACUUUAAGGGACGUGUCAGUGCUAUCAUGUGUACGCUGAUGCAGAUGUGUGGAAAUAGCUGAAGAUAGUUAUGAUUUGUAUGUAAGAAAUAGUUAACACAGCCUGCUGUACAUGCAUAUGUGUUUGGUAUUUCUGAACAUUUUUUUCUUAUUUCCAGAAUCAAAGUUACAUUACCUCAUUUCAGGCUUCAGUUAAUUAAUUUGUGUGUGGUUUUCGAUUCAUUAUUUGAUUAAUGCUUACACUCUAGCCACGACGUUAGAGCGCUGAGAAGUACGAUGUUUGCAGAAUGAUCAUGCUACAUUGUUAGAAAGUGUUCAGACAGUGAAGCUGUUUUUUUUAUCGUGAGUAAGCUUUUUGUGGAAUUUCUAUGUAAAUGGUUGUAAUUGUCUGUCGUGUAUUCGUAAUGAAGUGUUGUGACUUUUUAUUUAUCACGUUCUUUUAUAUUUUGUAGAGAGUAGUGGAAAGUUUUAUCAGUAAUAAAAUAUCAGUAUUGUCAUCACUGUCUACUUUUCUUGCAAUUCAUUUGGGGUUGUGAAUUUCCGGUGUUCCAUUGUAACUUUAAAAUGAAAAAAAAAUAUUUAGGCACUUGUAUAUCUGUAUGUUUAGCUAGGUAUACGACUAUUUUUCAAGGAAAAUAUUUUAAAAAUUGAGUAGAAGUUCUGCUUAGCAGUCAAUUUUUUAAUGUUUUUAUCAGCUAACUGCAAAGCCUUAUAUUAUUGUACACUGUCAUACUUGCACAAUCAGAUUUUUUUAGAUAUGUGCAUCUCAUUAUCUAAAUAGAUUAUUUAUUGCAGAUUUGCCUGGUUGUAAAAGCUGCCUGAAAUCCAUAUAGAUUACCACAUGGAAUUAUGAAUGUGUUUAUGAAAAUAUGGAAUUUUAUUUUUGCUUUAUUAAUGUACUAAGCUACUUGGCAUUUUUGUGUUGCCAACAUGACAUGAUGCAUCAUCUCACCAGAGCAGUAAUAAGUAACAAUGGUUUAGUUGGCCAUCACAUCUUUCUAGAGCUUAUUGUCUGUUUACAGUCUUGUAUUGUCAAUGCAUGACUGAGAAUUUGUUCGGUUAGCUACAGUUGGCUACCAUUGUAACUGGGGUGGUGUUAGUAAUCUCAUUUUCUGGUAAAUAUAUUCCAUUGCCUUAAUGCUUCUGUAUACAUACCUGAUUUGAACAACUAUGCAGGAUGUUUGUGAACAGUGGGGCAUGACUUUAAUGGGUGGCAGGGAAUGCCAAAACAAACAAUUUUUGUUAGUAAACCUAUGUCUGGAAAAGAAGAAACAAUGCAGAGUUAUAGGUGUGAACAGUAGCACACAAGAAGUUUUAAUUUUGCGCAUAUUUUACGCCACUUCAGUGGCUGAGAGAUUGCUCGAUCGCAGUGCCGUGACGUUCAAACGCUCAUAGUUAAACAUGCGCAAGCAAUCAGCGGCCUGGGUAUGGCACAAUGGAUUUUACAUUUUUGGCUUUGGCGAUAGGUGCAGUGUUGAUGGGUUAGCGAGUACAGU